AUGACGUUUGUUUAUGGUGACCCUGUUUUGGAACGACGAGAUGAGGUUUGGGAACGUCUUACGCGUUUCUCAACAACUAAAAAUGGACCUUGGUUCAUGAUAGGAGACUUUAAUGAGAUAACAUGUCAUAACGAGAAAACAGGAGGAAGACAACGCCCUGAUAGCUCUUUUCUUCCUUUUAAGCAGAUGCUUAAUGAUUGUGGCAUGUUAGAAUUUCCUUUUACGGGUGAUAUGCUUUCUUGGGUGGGGAAGAGAGCAGGAGGAUCAACAGUUCGAUGUCGCUUAGACAGAGCAGUGGGAAAUGCGGACUGGCAUGAGAAGUUUCCCCACUCGACUGUUAAGUAUAUGAGGCUAUGGGGAUCGGAUCAUCGUCCGAUUCUUGCAGACAUACUCAUAAAGCCAACGAGAAGAUCCAGGAAGUUUAAAUUUGAUAAAAGAUGGUUGGAUAAUGAGGAUCUACGGCAAGUUAUCCUUGAUGGAUGGAAAUCUCCUGAUCUUCCUCCAAACGCGAAUAUUAUGGAACAUAUUGCCAGCUGCAGGAGAGCCUUGAGUGAGUGGCGGAAGCAAAAUAAUGUCAAUUCGGCAAAAUUAGUGGAGGAACUUAAAGAAAAGGUGGAAGGCUUGUAUGCAGAUGAUAAUGCCACAACUGAAGAAAUUGCUGCAGCUCUGAGGGAACUCUCACAUGCUCUUAAAGCGGAAGAGAUGUUCUGGAAGCAAAAGAGUCGGGUGUUUUGGCUGAGAGAGGGAGAUAGAAAUACAAAAUUUUUCCAUGCCUUGACGAAGCAAAGAAGAGCAAGAAAUAAGAUCACGCAGCUCUUAGAUGAGAAUGGGAAUAUUAUUGAGGAUGAGGAAGGACUUGUAGCCAUUGCUACUAGUUACUUCAGGCAGAUUUUUGAAUCAUCGAUCCCGGAGGAGAUCGCGGAGGCGCUGGCUCAGGUGCCAACAACGAUAACUGGUGCUAUGAAUGACGACCUUACAGCUCCGGUCUCUGAAUGGGAGGUCAAAUUGGCACUUUUUGCUAUGCACCCAGAGAAAGCUCCAGGGCCAGAUGGGAUGACUGCACUUUUCUACCAGAAAUUUUGGGAUAUAGUAAAGGAGGAUUUAACUCUUAUGGUUAAUAAAUUUCUUUUCGAGGGGACGAUGGCGAACGGACUGAAUGACACAAAUAUAUGUCUCAUCCCGAAGAUAUCAAAGCCUAAUGCAAUGACUCAAUUCAGACCCAUUAGCCUGUGCAAUGUCAGCUACAAGAUAAUCUCUAAAGUCUUAUGCCAGAGGUUGAAAAAAGUGCUACCAGGUUUGAUAUCGGAGACCCAGUCAGCCUUUGUUGCUGGGAGACAGAUUUCAGAUAAUGUUAUGAUCGCUCAGGAGUUGUUCCACGCAUUGCGAACGAAACCAAGUGGACGAAAUAAAAGGAUGGCCAUCAAGACAGACAUGAGCAAAGCAUAUGAUAGGAUGGAGUGGUCGUUUAUUGAAGCUGUCCUGCGUAAAAUGGGAUUCUCAGAAACUUGGACUAGCUGGGUCAUGCGAUGCAUUACAUCGGUGAAAUACAAGGUUCUCAUGAAUGGAGAGCCAAGAGGGAAUAUUAUUCCAGCAUCUGGUCAAUGCAUCAACUUCGACAAAUCCUCCUUACUCUUUGGUAAGCGGAUUAAUGCAAAUACGAGACAAGAGAUUAAAGACGCACUUGGGAUACAGAAUGAAGGAGGAAUGGGAACAUACUUAGGCAUCCCCGAAGACAUAAGCGGGUCUAAAUGCAAACUUUUUGCAUUUCUGAAAGAUAAGCUGAUGCAUAGAGUGAAUGGAUGGACAGGUAGAUGGCUCUCAAAAGGUGGAAAGGAAGUACUGAUUAAAUCCAUUCUGCUCGCUCUUCCGACAUACGUCAUGUCAACUUUCCUGCUCCCAUUGGAGAUAUGUGAAAAUUUGGCAAGUGCCAUUGCUCAGUUCUGGUGGAGCUCGAAUCCCCCAAAAAGGGGAAUACAUUGGGCGAAAUGGGAGAAGGUCUGUCGAUCCAGAGAGGAGGGUGGAAUUGGCUUCCGACUGAUUCAUGAGUUUAAUCUGGCGCUUCUGGCGAAACAACUAUGGAGAUUAGUACAGUUUCCUGAUUCCCUGGUCGCCAGAGUUUUACGGGGAAGGUACUAUAGAUUGAGCUCACCACUGAGAGUAGGCCCGGUUAGCAGCCCAUCCUAUGUGUGGACUAGCAUUUCUGCUGCAAGAAAAUUGCUGUUACUUGGGAUUAGACAGAAGAUUCACUCAGGCUAUGAGGUUAAGGUAUGGGAGGAUCCAUGGAUUCCAUCGAAUCCCGCUAGGCCAGCUGCCCCCAUAGCUCCUGUGAUGAAUCCUAACAUGAGAGUAAGCGAUCUUAUUGAUCAGGGAUUGAAGGAUUGGGAUGUGGGACUAUUGGAGAGCUAUGUUCAUCCUGAGGAUAUACCACUCAUAAGGAGUUUGGCCAUAAGCUCAACUCACCGUCGUGAUUCUUUCUGCUGGAACUUUACAAGGAGUGGCCAAUACACGGUUAAAUCUGGAUAUUGGGUGGCGCAGAAUUUAUUAAAGUUAACAGAGGAGAAGGAAGUUUUGGAGCCAAGUAUUACAAAGCUCCAGGCCUUUGCGUGGAAAUUAAAGGCCCCUACGAAGAUGUGCCAUCUUAUGUGGCAGUUGUUAACUGGUCAUGUGGCAGUAACGAGGAAUUUAGUUAGACGCAAUAUGAGGUGUGAUAAUUACUGCCCAAGAUGUGGAGAAGCAGAGGAGACUGUCACACAUGCAAUCUUUGAAUGCCCACCAGCCCGUCAAGUAUGGUCUUUAUCUUCAACUCCGACGUGCCCAAAUAUUUUUCCGGUAUCGAGCGUCUACACAAACAUGGAUUAUCUAUUCUGGAGGAAAAAUAGUAUCAUGGAGCCAGAGCAAGACAGGGAUCCUUAUCCCUGGAUAAUAUGGUACAUUUGGAAAGCUAGGAAUGAAAAACUCUUCAGGGGAAUAGAUAGAGAUCCUCUGGAACUAGUUAGACAUGCUGAAAGUGAAUGCCACGCAUGGUUUGAGGCUAAUGAAGUGGUACAAGCAGUAUCACAAGACACUAUAAAUGAGGAACCCCAAGCCGUAUGCUUGGGAAAUAUUUGUUUAUUAGAUGGUUCUUGGACACUUUCAGCUAACUUUAGUGGAUGUGGAUGGACAUUGAUGGAUAGCUCUGGGAAUAGUCAGCUUAUGGGGACAAAAAACUUCCCUCGACGUGAAUCAGCCUUGCAUUCAGAGGUAGAAGCACUGCGGUGGGCGAUGGAGAGUAUGCUGCAGCACUCGACCUGCCAGAGCUUUGGGACAGACUGUAAGGAACUGAUUUCUAUGGUUAAGGAUCCUCAGGCGUGGCCAAGCUUUGCGACGGAAUUGGAGAGAAUAGAGACGUUACAGAUAUGUUUCCCGGACUUCAACAUCACUUACGUUCCACGGGCGCAAAAUCAGACAGCAGAUUUUCUAGCCAAGACUGCUAGAUCUUUUCGUAGAGAGUUACAUUUUGUUGGUUGUUCUAUUCCGGCACCUUUUAAGAAGUUCAACCUCCACUCUUCCCACAUCUCUCCCUUCCACUGCCAGAUCCAACCGAGUUCAAAACAGUCUACGAGAGAGACGAGAAUGGCGGAGAUUAGGGAUGUGAGAAACGAGUCGAAGUGGGAAUUCAGAUUUGAGAGAGCGGUGAUUGUUCGUAUGCCAUUUAACAUUGAAGAAUUUGAUUGA